AUGUCGUCCGUGGCUCUUCCGCGCCACUUCUUGUUCCUCCGCGUCAAGGAGGGUCACACCUCCGGGUGUGCCAACUUCAUCACGGCCGGCAAGGCCAACUCAAUCUCGAAGACGGGGAAGAAAGCCGAAGGCUUCCGGAGCAAGUGGGCCAUGAUGGACGCUAAAUGCGUCCACCCACGCUUGACACUGCCGAUGGAGAUGCCCCAGUCUGACAAGGGGUGGUCUUUCGCGAAGCUCACCGACGAGCGGGAGACAUUGGUGCUGGAGCAGAUGAAGACCGACCUGAAGCCGGCCCCGCUUCAGGCCCGUACGCGCCCCUUGUGGGAGCUUGGGGACGAAGAGGACAAGGUUCGCCUGAGCCUGAAAGCCUUGUCCGACGGUGAGCUGGCCGCAGUCCUCCGCCUCUUGGUUGGGGACGACCAGGAGUACCCGCCGAGCAUCUUCACCCCCUUGUUUCAUCGUGAGGACGGGGCGCAGGUCGUGGCUUCCAGGCCGACUUUUGACGGGCGCGGGCUGGUGCCGCCGGCGCCUAUCGGGGCCCUUGCGGCGCCGAAGCUGGUGGAGCUGUCUUCUGAUGAGUCCCACGGGGAGGAAGAGGGGGAGGAGGAAGACUCGGAGGUGACUCCCGAAGGGAUGGGGGAGACCUCCCCCUUGAGCAAAGCCGACAUCCUCCGCGCCUUUCCUGACGAUGACGAGGCCGACGCCCGCCAGGAGGAGGGGGAGCUGCCCAUUAUCCCGACGAGGGGCAGAUCGUCGCUGGUCUCUCGAGGUGUUACUCCCGUCUCGACGCCGUCUGAAGCUGCUUCUGGCCCUUCUGCUGCGCCGUUUUCUCCUCCCGGGGUCUGCGCGCCCACUCCUCAGGCCUCGAAGCUCUCAGGCUUCAAGCUCACCAAGCGGAGGGUGGACUACACUGCUGUGGGCCAGCCGCCGCCUUCGGCGAAGAAGAGGAAGGAGGAUGCAGUGCCCACGCUUGGGACUGAACCAUCUGCAGCGGCCGCGCCCCCCUCCGUGGAGAAAGGAAACGUCAGCUCUCAGAUGACUCAGCUAUGGGAAGAUCUCCUGGGCGCGGAUCCGCGCCUGGUAGCCGGGUGCCUGGAGCUGGCCUCCGGCUGGCUUCAGUCUGACGCAGCAGUCCGAGCGACGCUGAGCCAGGCCACGACGACCUCCGAGAAGGAGAAGCGGGCCGCCGCUGAAGCUGUGGCCGAUCGCGAGGCGGCGCUGAAGGACGCCAAAGCCGCCCACGACCGCUGUCAGGCGCUGGAGGACGAGUUGAAGAGUCUGCGUGAUGAGCACGCAGAAGAAGCUCGCGGUCGCCAGGCGAAGGAGGAGGAGAUGAGGGCCCGGGAGGACGCCAUCAAGAACCGCGACGCUGAGCUGGGGGAGUUGGCGAAGGCGCAGGCCACUGAACGCAGCCGACUGGAAGAGCUGGAGCGGAAGGUGGAGGCGAAGGGGGUCGAUCUUGACGCCAAGGCGAAGGUCCUGGCCGAGGACCGCACGGCCUUCGCGCUUCUCGAGAAGAGGUCCCGUGUGGCGCUGAAAGCACUUUACGAGAAGGGCCUGGAAAAGCCGCUGACCACCAAUGAGGAUGGCCCUGCCCAGCUGCUUCCCUGCUUGGUUGCCGCGCUUGAGGAGGUUGUGAGCGGCAUCGGUCCUAUGGCCGAGGCGGAAGCCCGCGUUCUUUCCAUAGCUGCACUGACGCGUGUCUUCAGUCACCUCCAUCUUCGCGAUCCAACUGCCCGCCUAGACGAGCUGCUGGAGCCUGUGGACGAGGAGCGUUGUGCGGCUGCUGCCGCAGCCGUGAAGGGCCAGCGACUCGCGCGCGACCCUCGCCCGCGGUCGCGCUCCACUCCGCCACAGCGCCAGGUUGCGCGGCGCCGCGACGACUCGCCUCCGGGACCUCUGCUUGAGCUACCCCCGUCCGCGCUGGCCCCGCCGCCUCGCUGCGCCUACCACGGCUCCGCUUCGCCAGCCGACUCUGGAUCCGGCUACGCCGGCCGCCGCGGCCCUGGGCCGGCCUCCGCUCCUCGCCACCUCGGGUCGCGGCCGGGUGCCCCGCACCCGCAGCCGGCCCACGCGCCCGUCGCCUGUGCCACCCGCGCCUGCCUUCGGCCACGCCUCCCCAGCGCCCGGCCUCCCCAGGCCGGCUCCGGGUCGCCGCCUCACCCACAGCCGGCCCGCGCCUCUGCGUCGCUCGCCGCCUCGUGGCUGCCGGCUUCCCAGCACUAUGCCGACUCCGCCUCCGCUCCGUGCGCUCGGCCAGGGCCGGCUCCUGCGCCGCCCGCCGGAUCCCGCCCCCGAAGUCGCCCGCGUCUGGCCGCCUCCUUGCUCGGCCGGCCGGCUACCGCGCGCCUGUUGGCCGGGUCGCCGCUCCCAGUCGGCGUCCGCCUUCGCACCCGGCUGCCCCCGCGGGCCGGCUCCGCCUGCUCACCGCCCCGCGCCUCCGGCUCCUCCCCGCAGGCGCCCCCGCGGCCGGCUCUUCACUCCACCCCCGCGCGUGCGUCGGCCAGCUGCGUCCAUGCGGUCUCGGGCCGGCUGGAGACAAAGAAAGAAAAGUCAACAGUUGGCUGCUAG